AUGAAGAAUUCCCAAAGAGCCACAUCUAAUACCGACAAGUAUUUAUACCUGGAAAUUCAUGGAGGUCACACAGUAGUGACUGAGGAAUACGAAUUAAAAGCAAGCCUUAGGGAUAAGAGGCUGCUUUCUUACAUCAGUUAUGAAUCGAAUCAUAGUGAUAAGCUUAGCUCAGUGAUGAGCAGUUAA